AGCUGAUGUAAAAGCAACAACAUCUACAGGGGUCUGACACAGAACUGCUCAGCAAGCUUUCUUAACAACAUUAGCUAUAUGUGGCAGUCGGCGGUACGGCGUUAGACAGUAUACGUGUCCAGUUUUAGACUGUGUCGAGGCAGCAAUUUAGUUAUCCGCCGUCCGUCGGACUGGUAGCCACUGCUAGGUCAGUCGAUUGAAAGGUUGUUUGUUUUUUCAGAAAGUGUUUUUCUUUGUGUUGGCCAGUGAUAAGAUAAAUGUAUUACUGAGUUUCAGAGAGUGUUUUUUGGACAUUAUGGCCAGCAUAUGCCGGGCUACCUUUAAAUAGAAACUUGGCAUACAACUGAGAUACAACAUUACCAAAACAAGACGAGGGAUGCAGGGCAGCUAAUGUUAGUGUUUUGCCAAAACAAAGUCAUUACUGGUCUUAACAAGUGUGUUUGAAAUUGCUACCUGAUCUUGUUUACUACCUAAUAAUAAACAGUAAUAAACUGAACAUUAUAUAAUACUUUGAAUUGGCUUUUUGGAGAGUAUAAAACAAAGGUAACAUCACAUCUGGUCAUUUGCUUAACGUUGUGUUUUGCCACCUAGUUAAUCCGACUAAACGUGGGGUGUCGUCCUGACCGGUCAGGUUUGAGAUGAGUGGUCAAGGUCCAGCUGUAGAUAAAGGAAUGAACACAGUCCUAGGCUGUCAGGAGAGCUACGCCUGUGGGGGUUCAGACGAGGCUGCGUUUGAAUGUGAUGAAUGCGGCAGCCUGCAGUGUGGCCGAUGUGAACUGGAGCUCCAUCGUCAGGAGCGGAUGAGGAACCACGACCGGGUUCGGAUUGCACCCGGCCAUGUUCCUUUCUGUGACUCCUGCAAAGGUGACAGCAGCUGCCCUGUCAACGGUGGACGGCUCAGAGCGGUGGUACGCUGCCAGGGUUGCAAGAUCAACCUGUGUUUGGACUGCCAGAAACGCACUCACAGUGGAGUCAACAAGAGGAAGCACCCUCUGACACCUUACCCCCCUGCCAAAGCUCCCCAGGACAACAGCGUGGCUGCCGGGGAGUCACAGAUGGAGAUCCUGAAAGCCGAGCUGGAGAAGGUGUUCAGCUUUAUAUUGGUGGACGAGAGGGAGGAGAUGCAGGUGAAGGAUGAGGACGACUUUGUGAGCAAGCUGGGCUGCGGGCAGGAUGAGCUCCUCAAGGUGGUCUCCAUCUUUGGAAACACUGGGGAGGGCAAGUCCCACACCCUGAACCAUACAUUUUUCCUUGGACGAGAAGUUUUCAAGACCUCACCCACCCAAGAGUCCUGCACCGUGGGUGUGUGGGCAGCCAUGGACCCUGUGCAUCGGGUGGUAGUCAUCGACACAGAAGGACUGCUUGGAGCUGGGGCAAAUCAGGGUCAGCGAACACGCCUCCUCCUCAAAGUCCUGGCUAUCUGUGAUGUGGUCAUCUACCGAACCCAUGCUGACCGUCUCCAUGACGAUCUCUUCAAGUUUCUUGGUGAUGCAUCAGAUGCCUACUUGAAGCAUUUCACCAAGGAGCUGAAAGCGACUACCACCCGCUGUGGUCUAGACGUCCCGUUGUCAACUCUGGGCCCUGCUGUGAUCAUCUUCCAUGAGACUGUCCACACCAAGUUACUCGGAUCAGACAAACCCUCGGAGUCGGUCGAGCGUUUUCUCCAGGAGCGUUUCAGGAAGCUGGGUCUGUUUCCUGAAGCGUUCAGCUCCAUCCAGUACCGUGGAACUCGGACCUACAACCCCCCCACAGACUUCAGCAGUCUGCUGCACAGCCUGGAGCAGCAGCUGGACAACAACACCACCCGCUCGCCACGCUCUGCCAGCGUCAUCUACAAGGCUCUGCAGGCCCUGAGCGAGCGCUUCAGCGGAGAGAUUGCAGACGAGCACAUGGCCAGUAACUCGUUCUUUCCAGAUGAGUACUUCACCUGCUCGAGCCUCUGCCUCAGUUGUGGUUCAGGCUGUAAGAGAAGCAUGAAUCACCUCAAGGAAGGACUCGACCACGAAGCCAAACAUCGCUGCCGCUACACUGCACAGUAUGACAACCGCAUCUACACUUGCAAAGCCUGCUAUGAGGGAGGGAAGGAGGUAAUAGUGGUUCCCAAAACGACGGCCUCGUCUGAUUCACCGUGGUUUGGCUUGGCCAUCUACGCCUGGUCUGGGUAUGUAAUCGAGUGUCCCAACUGUGCAGUGAUCUACAGAAGCAGGCAGUACUGGUAUGGAAACCAGGACCCAGUGGAAACAGUGGUCAGAACAGAGAUCCAGCACAUCUGGCCUGGGUCCGACGGUUUUUUGAAAGACAACAACAACGCCGCGCAGAGGUUGCUGGAUGGAGUCAAAUACAUUUCUCAGUCAGUGUCUGAACUCAGCGUCAAGCCUGCCAAAGCAGUCACCUCCUGGCUCACCGACCAGAUCGCUCCCACCUACUGGAAACCCAACUCUCUUAUCCUGAAAUGUAAUAAAUGUGGGGUAGAGUUCCAGGCCAACGACACAAAGCACCACUGUCGCGCCUGUGGAGAAGGCUUCUGCGACUCCUGCUCCUUAAAAACCCGGCCGGUCCCGGAGAGGGGCUGGGGCCUCGCACCUGUCCGAGUCUGCGACGCAUGUUUCCACAACAGAGGAAUCCCGACUGAGUUACUGGAUGCUGCCUUGGAGGAGGAGGGAGGCACCCUGAUAGCCAGGAAGGUUGGGGAGGCGGUCCAGAACACUUUAGGAGCAGUAGUCGGUGCCAUCGACAUACCUCUCGGCCUGGUGAAGGACGCAGCUCGCCCGACCUACUGGGUCCCAGAUCAGGACAUUCACUCCUGCAGCGAGUGCCAGAGGGAGUUCUCUCCGCGUCUCUCCAUCCACCACUGCCGCGCCUGUGGCCAGGGAGUGUGUGGCGACUGCUCACAGGAGCGACGCGCCGUGCCCUCCCGUGGCUGGGACCACCCGGUGAGGGUCUGCAACGGCUGCAACCAAAAACCUGGGGAGCUCUAGCAGGACGAGGAGCGGGAGUCAGAGGAAGGGGGGAUGGUUAAGGACGCCGUCCUCUGCAGAAAAAAAGACUGGAAUUGACAACAUUUGGCUAAAAGGCUUCAGUUCCCUUUUUGUCUCUUUUAGCGGCAUUUCUUGGCUGCCAUUAGACUGUCAGUGGCAGAUUGGACUCCGUUUAUUGUUUUUGAACGCCGCCCUCACGUUUCGUCAGUCCCUUAACGCUCUUUCACUUUAAUAUGCCUAUAUUUUACACUGUGAAGAAUGUCAGUCAGAGUGAGACACAAAUAUCAAGGAGAGAUAAAACAGCUCGACAGCGUUUUAUGAAUGAGCUUUGUACGUGCUUGCUUACUAUUGAGUUCAGGUUAAUCUCCAUGUUCCCCUUUGAUCCUUUGACAAUCCCUCCCAGUGUGACUCACUAGUACUAUUAGCACCUUCUGUAGUCUGGGGCUGCAUGUGUGAACCGUUUAAUAUUAGAAGUACUGACUGAGCAUCUUUUACUAAUUCCAGGUGAAAAAAUGUUAUUCUGAGAAUGUUUCUGCAGGAGCCCUGGAUAUAGCAUACAGGGCUGGCUUCAGAGGAAAUGAAGGAAAGCCUGAAAAGUGAUCCACCACAAUGAAUUCUGGUCUUUUUGAAUGGAUCUACAGAAGUUGCCCUCGGCUUCAGCCCUGCAAGCUUUGGCUUCAGGAGGAUUAGAACAAAUCAGAAGCCAACGAUGUACCGUAGCGCCGAGAUGCAUUCCAAUUUAUAGAAUUACUUAACUUCUUACUUAAUCCCUCGAUACUUUGUGGUCGUUUGUGCAUUUGAAUGAGCAGAUCAUAACAGAACAGCCUUAAUAAUGCUGUCCACAUUGUUUGAACUUAACUUAAAAUAUACAUAUAUGGGGAAAAACGUUUACUUUAAUAGGGAUAUUUUUUGAAUGGCCAGGGUGUUUUUUUUAAAGUUUGAACUAAUAUGUGCUAACAACACACAUGUGACUGCAGUGGGAUGAUAAACUGCAACAGGGAUUGCUUUUAUAGAGUGGCUGGCUCACAGUAGCAAUAUGGAACAGAAAAUACUUGAAACCAUCUUUGAGGCUGGCCCCUCAAAACAAGGAAAAUUAUUCUUAGUAAAUCUUUUACUCUUUCAACUCAGGCUGUGUAGCUAGUUAGCUAGAAGCAACGUUUGGGACUGUACCGCACAAUUGUCUGACGAAUACAUUAUGAAGAUGCAGUCAGGGCUCUCGACUGAACAAGUAGGUAUUGCGAGGUCUGACUGUAGCGAGAUUUGGUUUCAAUUUCAACAAAUAAGAUGAAAUAACAGUUUGACCUGAAUCUGUGAAAUAUCUGAUUACUGUCCCCGUCUCAGAGAGAAAUGUUCAAGGAAUACGAAAUAUCACAAGGAACAAAUCAAUAACUUUAUGCUGAUGUAUGCUCAUACAGUAUGUAUUAAACUGCAGAAACUCA